AUGGUCCCCCGCGCCCCCAAGCCCAAAACCCUAACCUGUUGUGGGCCCUCGGGCUCUACUCGUUGUGGCCGCGGUGCUCGCUGCUCUGCUCUGGAGAAUGUUUUUACUCCCCCUGCCGUCACUAUCGAGGAGCUUGACGCAUUCCUUGCUGUUGAAGAUUCGGACUUGUUGUUCUUUGAGCCUGAUGCCGAUAUGACUGAUCGCCUUGAGUCUGGCCCUGCCGGGGAUGCUACUUUGGCUCCCUUGGCUGAAAACAUGGUGGAGGAUGCCGAUAAGACUCUUUGUUAUACACAGGCCGCCUCUGAGAUGCCUGUGUCGGUGGCUUCUGCCCUGGGUAUCCCUGAUGUCCUUCUGUCUGGCGACCAGCCAGACUUUUUGGGAUACUAUGACUCUUAA